AUGAGUUACAUUCACAACCCCGGAACGUAUCCUCUGGUAUACAGGACAGUUGGACAGCAACUGUCACAUGCUGCUAAAGAAUUCGGAGAUUGUGAAGCCUUUGUGUGUGUGGAAGAGUCCAAAAGGAUCACAUUUGGACAGUUGAAGGAUGAAGCAGAUCAUCUGGCAGCGGGCUUCAGGUGUUUGGGGCUCGAGAAGGGGGAUCGUGUAGGGAUUUGGGCUCCAAAUGUUGCAAUGUGGCCUGUUGUGAUGUAUGCUGCUGCUAGGGCAGGACUAAUCCUGGUUACCCUCAAUCCAGCCUAUGAAGUCCUCGAGAUGAAGUUCUGCCUCAAGAAGGUUGGAAUUAAAGCUCUCGUGACUUCUGAAAACUUCCACCAAAAGGAUUAUUACGAGAAGCUUAUUGAAAUUGUCCCAAAGCUCAGUUCAAGUGAUCCUCGAAGGUUACACUGCGAGGAACUUCCUCAUCUCACGGCUAUUGUAAUUGAUUCAGAGCGAAAUUUUCCAGGAACUCUUCGCCUAAAAGAUGUAAAAUCCCUUCCUACUCCUUCACAAAUAAAGUUAAUUGAGGAUCAGCAGAAGGAUAUUAGCCCUGAUAGUGCAUUUAACAUUCAAUUCACAUCCGGAACGACGGGAAAACCAAAAGCAACACUCCUGAAGCAUUUCGCCUUUAUUAAUACGGGCAUGGAUGUUGAAAGAUUGGGAAUUAAAAAUAGAAAAAUAUGCCUUCAAGUACCUUUCUUUCAUGCUUUUGGAAUGUCUGUUGGGCUGAUGUUUAGUGUAUGUCGUAAUGCAACUAUUGUUGUUCCAUCUGUACACUAUAAUCCUGAAAAGUCUCUUCGUGCAAUCACAGAUGAGGAGUGUUCAGUGAUCUAUGGAACACCCACAAUGUAUGUGGAUUUAGUGAAUAAGCAGAAUGAAAUGCGGGAAAAUUUGAAAGUGGAAUUUGCCGUAACAGCAGGAGCACCCUGUACACCGCAGCAUUUUAGAGAAAUGAAAGAGAAGUUGGGACUUAGGAAUGUUAUUACUUCUUUCGGUAUGAGCGAAUAUACUGGAUUGAGUUUUUCAAGCUUCCCUGGAGAUGUGGAUGAGGAGGUUUUUCACACAGUUGGGUACAUUCAGGAUCACAUUGAAGUCAAAGUAAUUGAUCCUCGGGGGAAUGUUGUACCAUUUGGGACAGCAGGAGAGCUCUGUGUUCGUGGCUACUUCACCAUGAUGGGCUAUUGGGAUGACGAAGAAAAGACCAAAGAAGUUCUCAGCGCAGAUGGAUGGCUCCGAACGGGUGAUCAAUUCAUCCUGCAACCCAACGGGUAUGGGAAGAUUGUGGGAAGGCUCAAGGAAAUGAUUAUUCGCGGAGGAGAGAACAUCUUCCCGAGGGAGAUUGAGAACUUCCUCGCCACAUGCCCAAAAAUUAAUGAAGCCUACAUCGUGGGUGUUCCCGAUGAACGUCUUGGAGAGGAAAUGUGUGCUUUUGUACGUCUCCACAGAGGCUGUGAAUCCUUCACAGCGCAGGAUAUUCGGGAUUUUUGCAAUGGGAAAAUCGCCCAUUUCAAGAUUCCGCGAUACAUUGAAAUUGUGCAGGAAUUUCCGAAAACUGUCUCUGGGAAAAUUCAAAAAUUCCACCUUCAGCAGCAAUUUAAACAGAAAGAAAAAUAA